AUGGAAAAUACCGAUGAAGCGUGCAAAGAUGCGAAAGAAAUUCUAUUAUCUCAAUUGACAACAAGGAAGGGAUCCAAGGAAACGGAUUCACCACAAAGCUCGAAGGCAGUGGUGCAAAUGUGCAAAGUAUGUGAGAAUGUGCCUGGAAUACCAAUCUAUCGAUCAAUUGCUUGCGGAAGUUGUCGAAUUUUUUUCCUACGACAUUCUAUACCGCAAAAAAGAAUGCUAUGCAAAUUUGAUAACAACUGUUGCCACAAAUCAUCGAAAGCUCAAGUGAGAUGCGUUGCAUGCCGAUAUAAAAAAUGCUUAUCAGCUGGACUUCAGCCUCUUUUGGCUGGCCGAAGAAAACAUUGUAGAAGGAAAGCUAAUGAUUCUGCAAAAGAUUCACCAGGAAAAGCCUCCUCAACAACUGACGAAGAUUCAAAUGAAUUGGUCGAGCAACACACGCAAAAUAUAGUUAGGAGCAUCGCUCAGAGAGGAGAAGCUCUGGCCAGCAGUUGUUGUGUCUACAAGACUGGCGGUCUUUGUGGCCGCUUGGCGGCUGAUGUUUUCUUUCAA